AUGCUCCGCUCUACCGCCGCAGCGCUCGCUGCCGGGCGCGUCUUUGUCGUCGGUGGCCACAUCACCCCUUUCGUGGGCAAGGGCUCCCCGCUCUUUAUCGACAAGAAGCACCCCGACUUUGGCAAGAAGCAGAACAAAACGCUGGAGGAGUUCCUGGCCGACAGCAUCAGUGGCGCCCUGGAGAAGACGGGGCUGAGCAGCGAUGGCCGCGCGGCGCUUGUGGACAAGCUUGUGGUUGGGAACUUCCUCGGCGAGCUCUUCUCCUCGCAGGGGCACCUCGGCCCGGCGGCGGUGGGCAGCCUACGGGGCAGCACGGCCUUCAUGAACAAGCCCUCGAUGCGCGUGGAGGGCGCCUGUGCGAGCGGUGGGCUGGCGGUGCAGGUUGCGUGGGAGGCCUUGCUCGCGGGCACCGCGCAGGUGGCGUUGGUGGCCGGGGUGGAGGUGCAGACGACGGUGUCGGCCCGCGUCGGCGGCGACUACUUGGCGCGCGCCGCCGACUACAAGCGGCAGCGCAGUCUUGACGACUUCACGUUCCCGUGUCUCUUCGCGAAGCGCAUGAAGGCCAUUCAGGAGUCCGGCCACUUCACAAUGGAAGACACCGCCCGCGUGGUGGCAAAAGCAUACGCCAACGGCAACAAAAACCCUCUGGCGCACAUGCACGCCCGCAAAGUAUCGUUGGAGUUUGCAACGAACGCCUCGGACAGGAACCCGAACUUCCUCGGAAACGAGGCGUACAAGCCGUUCCUCCGCAAUACAGACUGUUCGCAGGUGAGUGACGGCGGUGCCGCAGUGGUCCUUGCGAGUGAGGAGGGUCUGCAGAAAAUGGGAAUUUCCGUCAACGACAGCCGCCUGGUGGAGCUGAAAUCGCUUUCCGCCGCCGCAGGCAACCUUUACGAGGACCCCGCCGACGCCACACGCAUGACGACCUCCCGCACCGCUGCCCAGCAAGCCUUGGCCUUGGCUGGCGUGAAACCCUCUGAGCUGCAGGUGGCCGAGGUGCACGACUGCUUCAGUAUCGCGGAGCUGCUCAUGUACGAGGCCCUCGGCAUUGCCGAGUACGGCAAGGCGAAGGAUGUCAUCCGCAGCGGGGACACGGCACUGGAGGGACGCAUACCGGUUAACACCGGGGGUGGCUUGCUUGCCUUUGGCCACCCCGUUGGGGCGACGGGCGUCAAGCAAAUCAUGGAAGUCUACCGCCAGAUGAAGGGCCUCUGUGGGGACUAUCAGCUCAAGAAGAUCCCGGCGCUGGGGGCCACGCUGAAUAUGGGUGGCGAUGACAAGACCGCAGUGUCCACCGUACUCGCAAACAUUUGA